CUACAAUGUGGCAUUUCAUUCAAAUCUAGGGAAUGUAUUCAAAUAUAAAGCAAGAUCCUCAGCACAUGCAAAUCCGCAUUGCGGAAUUGAAAGCAAUGAAGUUAUACUACUUUACACCAGCUGAAUGUCUGGCCCUAUAGAGUUCUGAAGGCUUGAUUUUCAGUAAGACAUGGUCUACACUACUAAUUUCUCUAGCCACACCCCUGACCACAUAGUUAUACUCACCUAACCCCCCACUGUAGACAGAGCUAUGUCAUUGGGAGGGCUUCUCCAACCGAGAUAGCUACUGUCUCUCAGGCCUGGUCUACACUACGAGUUUAGGUCGAAUUUAGCAGCGUUAAAUCGAAUUAAGCCUGGACACGUUCACACGGCUAAGUCCCUUUUUUCGACUUAAAGGGCGCUUUAAACCGGUUUCUUUACUCCUUCUCCGACGAGGGGAUUAGCGAUAAAAUCGGCCUUAGCGGGUUGGAAUUGGGAUAGUGUGAACGGAAUUCGACGUUAUUGGCCUCCGGGAGCUAUCCCACAGUGCUUCAUUGUGACCGCUCUGGACAGCACUCUCAACUCGGAUGCACUGACCAGGUAGACAGGAAAAGCCCCGCGAACGUUUGAAUUUCAUUUCCUGUUUGCCCAGCAUGGAGAGCACAGGUGACCACGCAGAGCUCAUCAGCACAGGUAACCGUGAUGGAGUCCCAGGAUCGCAAAAGAGCUCCAUCAUGGACCGAAUGGGAGGUACGGGAUCUGCUCGCCAUAUGGGGAGAUGAAUCAGUGCUAGCUGAACUCCGUAGCAGUAAACGAAAUGGCAAAAUAUUAGAAAAGGUCUCCAAGGCCAUGAAGGACAGAGGCCAUAACAGGGACGCACAGCAGUGCCGCGUGAAAAUUAAGGAGCUAAGGCAAGCCUACCACAAAGCCACAAACGUAAGGUCCGGGGCAGAGCCGCAAACAUGCCGCUUCUAUGCGGAGCUGCAUGCCAUGCUAGGGGGUGCAGCCACCACUACCCCAACCGUCUGCUUUGACUCCUUCAAUGGAGAAACACACAGGGAAGCGGGUUCGGGGUACGAGGAAGAUGAGGAUGAAGAUAAUGUAGAUAGCUCACAGCAGCAAGGAAGCGGAGAAACCGGUUUCCCCAACAGCCAGGAUAUGUUUAUCACCCUGGACCUGGAACCAGUAACCCCCGAACUCACCCAAGGCGUGCUCCCAGACCUUGAAGGCACACAGGGGACCUGUGCUGCAAAUGUUUCUCCUUCACAGAGGCUAGUGAAGAUUAGAAGGAGAAAACGGCGGACUCGGGAUGAUAUGUUCUCGGAGCUCCAGAUGUCCUCCCACGCUGACAGAGCACAGCAGAAUGCGUGGAGGCAGUCAAUAUCAGACUACAGAAAAGCACAAUAUGAACAAGAGGAGAGGUGGCGGGCUGAAUCGCGGGAUGAACAGAGCAAGUGGUGGGCUAAAGAUGACAGAUGGCGUCAGCUUGCAGACAGAAGGCAAGAGUCAAUGCUCCGGCUGCUGGAGCAUCAAACUGAUAUGCUCCAGCAUAUGGUUUAGCUGCAGGAAAGGCAGCAGGAGCAGAGACCGCCGCUACAGCCCCUGUGUAACCAACAGCUCUCCUCCCCAAGUUCCAUAGCCUCCUCACCCAGACGCCCAAGAACGCGGUAGGGGGGCCUCCGUCCACCCAGUCACUUCACCCCAGAUGAUUGCCCGAGCAUCAGAAGGCUGGCCUUCAAUAAGAGUUAAAGUUUUAAACUGCAGUGUGUUCUUUUCCUUCCCUCCUCCCCCACCCAUCCCGGCCUACCUUGGCAAUUAUCUCCUAGUUAUGUGAUGAAUUAAUAAAGAAUGCAUGAAUGUGAAGUAACAAUG